GACAAUGUUCAGGGCGCAAAAUCGCAAUUAACUAGAAAGCGAUCAAAUUUGUGCGGCGGUCUCUCAUUUUAAGCUUUUGGGAAUUGGGAACGUGGAAAUAGUCAAGAUGUUUUCUUUUCCUUUAUAACUCCUUUGUCUUUCUCUCUCAUCAAAAUUCUGAAACCUUCUUCAUCUUCCACCUUUUUUCAUUUUAAUCUUCUGUUCUGUAAGUUGCAAUUCUGAAGUGGGUUUUUAGUGUUGUGAAUUGGGAAGCUCUGAAUUGCUUGUUUCAACAGGAAUUUGUGUUUUUUUUUUUUUUGUAUUUUUAUUUUAGAAAAUGGGAAAUGUGUAUUUUUGCAGUUUUUUUUUCCUGCAAUUUUUGUUUUUAUAGUGAAGUGUAAUCUUCGUUCUGGGUGCUGAUUUGACAAUCAAGAGAUAUAAAAGAAGAAGUUUUGGCCAUUAAUUUUUCUGGGUUGCUGUCUUGCUCUUGGGAUUCAUCUGGACAUUAUCCUUUUGGAUGGGGUCUGAUGUCUCUGAAGUGCAGGAAAAACAGAAGCCUGCUCUUGUUAUAAAGGUGCAUAUAUCUAUGUGUAAACAACUCCUGGGACUUGUUGAUAGAAUCUCGAGGUUAAUUCCAGAUAUUGAAGCAGCUCAGCCUCGAUGUUCACUUGGAUUACAGGCACUUUCACAGUUACAUACUGCAAUUGCGAAAGCCAGGGAGCUUGUUCAAAAUUGUUGCACGUCUAGUAAGUUGUACCUGGCAAUAACAGGGGAGACAGUAAAGUCAAGAUUUGAGAAAGUAAAAAAUCUUAUGGAGCAAAAUUUGAGCCAACUACAAAAUAUGGUUCCAGUGGAUUUGAAAUUGGAGAUGACUGGGAUACUUAGUGGUCUAAGAGGUAAAAAAUUCUCCGUGGACUCCUGUGAAGAAUUGGCUGGAAAAGCAUUACGAGCAAUACUACAGCUAGAUGUGUCUCCUAUCGACUCAGUUGGAAAUUCUGAGAUAGAACAGCUUCAGUUUGCAGCUUCAAUGCUUCAUAUUACAUCACCAAAGGAUCUCUUAAUAGAGAAAAGAUGCUUAAAGAACCUGCUUAAUGAUGUGAAAGAGGGAGGCUCAACAAAAAGGAAGACUCUGAAAUACCUCUAUCAUCUUUUGAGGACACAUGACAAGCUUAUUUUGCAAGGACAAAAGAGGAAUUUCUCAACUCAACAACGUGAUGUAGCUUACUUAUUGUCGGUGAAGUCUGACAGUGAAUCUACAAUAACACAGUCUGCCGGUUUCAGUUCCCGUGCUAGUCAUGCCGGUUUUCUUCACGGGCCUGACCCGCCUGAGGGAUUCAAAUGCCCUAUAUCUUCAAGAUUGAUGCAUGACCCUGUUAUGAUUUGUUCUGGAGAAACUUAUGAAAGGGAAUGCAUACAAAAAUGGUUUGAUGAUGGUCAUGACACGUGUCAAAAAACAGGGAUGAAGCUGUUUGAUCUUUCCAUUACACCCAAUACUCACUUGAGGGAGAAGAUCUUAAAUUGGUGUGCGGAGUACGGCAAUGAAAUUUCUGACCCGAGUAUAGUCACAUCAGUAUAUGACUCCCUUGAGACUUCUUCAAAUUCAAUCCGUAGCACCUCAAGUUCAAUGAAAGAUAUAAAUCUUCGAAUAGAUACAAGCAACUUGUCCAUGGUAUCUCUUGAUAGCAGUUACACUAAUAUGUCAUCACAUGGUAAAGUUGAAAACAGCUUUAGCUCGAUUAAGGAGUUGUCUGGUGUUGUUGAAUCUCAUAGAUUUCAGCAUUAUCCUAGCAUAGAUGACAUUAGAAAACAGUUCUUAUCUAAUGUCAGAGAACUUGCUUGGGAAUUGCAAUGUACAGCUAUUCAAGAUGUUUAUACUUAUUUGAUCUACUAUAAUCCUUCUUGUGCUUUCGUCUCCUCUGAGAAUUUUCUGGAUCCAUUGAUUUUGUUCCUGGAAGAUGCUCUUGACAAGCUCGAUAGAGAAGCUCAGAAAGCCGGAAGUAAAUUGUUUUUGACAUUUCUCCAAGCAAAGAGGAGGGAACCGACACAGUUAAAAGAGGACGUGUAUUCUCUCUUAGCUUCUUUCCUUGACACAGAAGCAGCUGAAGAAACACUUGCCAUAUUGGAAGUAUUAUCUACCGAAGUUUCUUUUUCCAGAUUUGCAGCAUCCGGUGCUCUGACUUCAAUCCUCAGAAUUCUUGAUAGCGAAAAAAGGGAGCUUCAUCAACCUGCCCUUAAACUACUGCAUAAUCUUUCAUUCGGAAUUGCUGAUAGUUCGUUGUACAAGUUAACUUCAGACUGGGUACCUAUAUUGGUUCCUUUCUUGGAAGAUGAUAAUAGCUCAGUUGCUGGAACUUGUUUAGGUAUCUUGGAAAACUUGUGUAGAUCCGAAGAGGCACGGGUUUUUAUUGCUGACACUCAAGGCUGCAUUGCAUCGAUUGUUAAACUACUUGAGAAGAAUUGCAGCUGCAAAGACCAAGAACAUGCGGUCCGUAUUCUUCUUGAUUUGUGUUUACAACACGAAUACUAUUGUAAAAAGGUUAUGGAUGAAGGUGGUAUACCGGCUCUCUGUAAUGUAUCAGUCAAAGGAAGCGAGAAAGGGAAAGCCAUUGCGUCAGAGUUGCUCCGGCAAUUGAAGGAUACUAGAUAUGAAGAAGACGAGCAAGAGUGCCCUAAAUCUAAUAAUGGUGAUGUACUUCCGGUUCGUUAUGUGGAGAAUCCUGAACCGAAGUCAUCCAAACCGUCUGGUUUUAUGAGGAGGCUCUUCAAAAAGAAGUGACAUUCUUCUUCUCCCGAAUAGACCUUGUUAUUGGUCAGGUCGGGUCAGGGUCGGUGCGGGUCAAAUCGGGUCACAGGUCAAGCGAAUACGAAGCUAUCCAUAUGAACCCUAUUAACAUGCCAUUGGGCUACCCUGUCCAAUAACCAGGUCUUUUCCCGAGCCAAAUUUUGGAGGUAAAAUAACCAUGUAGAUUUAGACUGUCAAUAUGGUGAAUUUGCUAUUUGCUCUCUUAUCAGUUGCUAGCUGAUUCUUGAUCUUGACGCGCCCUUUUAUGUGUACAAAGUAAUGUUAGUAAUGUAUAUACAAAGUAGCAUUCAUGGUUUAGGUUAGCCAUGUGAUAUUUUUGAGGCUUUGUUUGGUAUGAGGUUAAUGAUAGGAGGUUACCUUGCUGAAUUUUAUACAAACAGAUAAAAACUCAUGUUUGUUACCUCCAUUCGUUACCUUGUAUCAAACGGACCGUUAGGAUAACCUUUAGUAUCUUCUUUUGUUUAGAUUUAGUGUAUAAUUUGUCUUUGAUUUUGGAAAGAAUUUCCAUUAGUAAUAGGAACUUGUAUAGAGCCUUUAUAAUGAAGGGAAACACUAUUACUGUAACUUUUUAGGAAUAUGUAAUAUUGUAAUUGUAGACUAUAUAAAAUCACAUUCCUUUGUAGUUUG